CGCGCACGCGCCACGUCUGGGCGUGGGGGGUUCCGGAAAUGGGGCUCUGAGAAACGACAUGGAGAAGUACGAGCGGAUCCGAGUGGUGGGCAGAGGUGCCUUCGGGAUUGUACACCUAUGCCUACGCAAAGCUGACCAGAAACUGGUGAUUAUUAAGCAGAUCCCAGUGGAGCAGAUGACCAAGGAAGAGCGGCAGGCAGCCCAAAAUGAGUGUCAGGUUCUCAAGCUGCUCAACCAUCCCAAUGUCAUUGAGUACUACGAGAACUUCCUGGAGGACAAGGCCCUCAUGAUUGCCAUGGAAUAUGCACCGGGUGGCACUCUGGCUGAGUUCAUCCAGAAGCGGUGUAACUCCCUGCUGGAAGAGGAGACCAUCCUGCACUUUUUCGUUCAGAUCCUCCUCGCGCUACAUCACGUGCACACCCACCUCAUCCUGCACCGAGACCUCAAGACCCAGAAUAUCCUUCUUGACAAACACCGCAUGGUUGUCAAGAUUGGUGACUUCGGCAUCUCCAAGAUCCUUAGCAGCAAGAGCAAGGCCUACACGGUGGUGGGCACUCCUUGCUACAUCUCCCCUGAGCUCUGUGAGGGCAAGCCCUACAACCAGAAGAGUGAUAUCUGGGCCCUGGGCUGCGUCCUUUAUGAGCUGGCCAGCCUCAAGAGGGCCUUUGAGGCUGCAAACCUGCCAGCACUGGUGCUGAAGAUUAUGAGUGGCACCUUUGCACCCAUCUCUGACCGCUACAGCCCUGAGCUGCGCCAGCUUGUCCUGAGUCUGCUCAGUCUGGAGCCCUCACAGCGGCCGCCACUUAGUCACAUCAUGGCACAGCCCCUGUGCAUCCGUGCCCUCCUCAACCUCCACACUGACCUGGGCAGCGUCCGCAUGAAGAGGGCAGAGAAGACCCUAGUCACUGGGCCACCCAUGAUCCUGGGCAGCUCCGCGAGCAGGACCACCAGUGCUCGAUGCAGGGGUAUCCCCCGGGGACCUGUAAGGCCGACCAUUCCUCCACCACUGUCUUCAGUAUAUGCGUGGGGUGGGGGGCUGAACGCCCCUCUGCGACUACCAAUGCUCAACACUGAGGUGAUCCAGGUGGCCGCAGGGCGCACGCAGAAGGCUGGAGUCACGCGCUCCGGACGCCUCAUCUUGUGGGAGGCCCCACCCCUAGGUGCGGGAGGGGGCGCUCUCCCCGGGGCUGUGGAGCAGCCGCAGCCCCAGUUCUUCUCCCGUUUCCUGGAAGGCCAGUCAGGUGUGACCAUCAAGCACGUAGCCUGCGGCGACCUCUUCACGGCCUGCUUGACAGACCGAGGCAUCAUCAUGACCUUUGGCAGUGGCAGCAAUGGAUGCUUAGGUCACGGAGGCCUCAAUGACAUCAGCCAGCCCACGAUUGUGGAGGCACUACUGGGCUAUGAGAUGGUGCAGGUGUCCUGUGGGGCCUCCCAUGUGCUAGCCUUAUCCACAGAGAGGGAACUGUUUGCCUGGGGCCGUGGAGAUGGUGGACGGCUGGGACUAGGCACGAGGGAAUCCCACAGCUGCCCUCAGCAAGUGCCCAUGCCCCCCGGACAGGAAGCCCAGAGGGUUGUAUGUGGCAUUGACUCCUCCAUGGUCCUCACUGUGCCUGGCCGAGCCCUUGCCUGUGGGAGCAACAGGUUCAAUAAGUUGGGCCUGGACAACCUUUCCCUGGGAGAGGAGUCUGCCCCCCACCAACAAGUGGAGGAGGCCCUGAGCUUCACACCUCUGGGUUCUGCACCCCUAGACCUGGAACCACUCCUGAGUGUGGACCUGGGCACUGCUCACUCAGCUGCUGUGACUGCCUCUGGUGACUGUUACACUUUCGGCAGCAACCAGCAUGGGCAGUUGGGAACCAGUGCUCGCAGGGUCAGCAGGGCACCCUGUCAAGUACAAGGCCUCCAGGGCAUCAAGAUAUCCAUGGUAGCCUGUGGGGAUGCCUUCACUGUAGCCAUUGGGGCAGAGGGUGAGGUGUACUCAUGGGGCAAAGGGGCCCGAGGUCGACUAGGAAGGAGAGAUGAGGACACUGGACUCCCUCGGCCAGUGCAGCUGGAUGAGAUACACCCCUACAUGGUGACCUCUGUGUCCUGUUGCCAUGGAAACACUCUCUUGGCCAUUAGACCCAUCACAGAUGAGCCAGCUCCCCCCUGAGCCACGGAGAUACACCUCUGGAGCCCUGUGAUACUGCUUCUCCUCUGAAUGUCCCUGAAAAGUGCAGGUGCCUUAGGCUUGAACUGUCCCCACUAACCCUCUGGGUAGUAUCACCAGAGAGAUCUAAGAACCAGUGAAGCCUCUGCUCUGCCAUGGAUUUGUAAACCUCAACCCAACCUGUUCUCCCAGCACCCCUCCCCACCCCCCAUUCCUCUUGUCACUGUUCCCAGAGUCCAGCCUGGCUAGAGCUGGAAGUCAGCUUUUACCUUUGGAAUUUGAAUGGGUACCAGUGGGGCGCGGGCAGUAGUGCAGUGGGUUAAGUGCACAUGGCCCGAAGCGCAAGGACCGAAGGAAGGAUCCUGGUUCAAAGUGCCGGUUCGAACCCCGGGCUCCCCACCUGCAUGGGAGUCGCUUCACAAGCGGUGAAGCAGGUCUGUCCCCUCACUGUCUUCCCCUCCUCUCUCCAUUUCUCUGUCCUAUCCAACAACAAUGACAGCAAUGACAACAACAACAAUGAUAACAAGGGCAACAAAAGGGGAAAAAAUAGCCUCCAGGAGCAGUGGCCACCAAGCCUCAGCAAUAACCCUGGAGGCAAAAAAAAAAAAAAGGGUUCCAGAGCCUUGGCAUAUGAGGCUAGAGGUGGCUUCAGUUUCAGCCAGACCCUGACCCUUCAGCCCAGUCAGAAAACAAGUCCCUGGUGCCCACUGUGAGAGUGGCUCAGUGCUUAGGAGCAGGGCAAGCUGAAGCCUGCCUGGACUGGCCACACUGGCUGCCUAGUCUGUCUGCAUUGCCCAGGGCAGGGAGAUCUGAAGGAGCUGUCAUCCGCCCCCCUCCUAUAUCCUGAGGCUGGGAUUUGCACAACUUCUGACUCUGUGGCCUCCUUUCCCCUGAGGAAGUCCAUUAGCUAGUCUGCUUUGCCUCUACUGCAGAGGGGGUCCCAGCUUGCCCCUCACCCCAAGCCGCCAUUCUCUCAAAGUAGGUAGAAGAGUGUGGCUGGCUGGACCAGACCAGUUUCCCAGAUGACUGGAGAAGUCGUGCCAAUAAAAACAUCAGCUGCCUGC